AGGUCGGCGGCUGAGGGGAGUCUGUGAGGCGUCCCGAGCUGGGGCUUAGUGACUAGCCGGAGGUGGCCACUUUGCGGUGGCCAUGAGGCGGAGAGUCCCCGAGGAGGAGGCCUGCGGCGUGUGGCUGGACGCGGCGGCUCUGAAGAGGCACAAAGUGCAGACACAUUUAAUCAACCCAGUGUUAACACUCCUUCCGAAAGAGAGGAAGGCUGGUAUUUCUUUAACUCAGAGAAGGACUCCACCUGCAGGUGGUAAGCAGACCAGCAUCACUUCCUUCCUGACCUCGCAGCCAGGUAUGAUGACCUGUUCGGGGGAAUACUUCAUUGUCCAGGAAACACGAAAGGAGUACGAUUGUGUUUCCAUGCUGGAGUAUAGAAACGGUGGUGACCAGAGAAGUGUUCCAUCUCAUGUGGGAAGUCAGAUCAACCAGGAGUUCACCAAUGAUACAACUUCACUAGGCUGUCUGGUGCAAGGCUCUGAAGAUGAUCACAUGGCACCCCCUUUUGCCACUUCAACUCCAGCAGACCCCCAGGGGGCUGGACUCUGUCCUCACCCCCUCCAGACUUACAGCCACCACAGAAUGGGGACCCCACUUUGGACUGAGAUGUCUCUGCUCCAGCCUAGCACCCCAGUCUCUGCUGGAGAGAGUAAAACCUCACUAGCUUUUUCCUUUACCCAGGACUUGGGAAGUUCUUGGGACCAAAAGGAGGAAAAGGAUUCUUCCAGGACAAAGGAAUGGCUUCAUGAAGCUAAGAAGACCUGCCAGGGCCUGGCGAGUCCCAGCAGCACAGCUAGGAGCAGAUGUCACCAGUCCUUGGACAGAAUGAGGCUGGAAAGGAUUGUGUCCACCAAAGAAAACAGGCAGGUUCUUCAAACUCACAGGGACUCCCGGAGUAGAGAAAACACAGACUAUGUGAAGCGAAGCCCUCGUCCUGUUUCUGUGCGUCCCUGGGACAGUGAGAAUGACAGGGACACCUGGAGUCAGCUUUUCACUGAAGAUUCUCAGGGCCAGCAGGUCAUUGCCCACAAAUCCAGAGCCCCUUUCCAGGACAUUAGCAGCAGCUGGAACCAGGAGCUGGGGCAGUUUUCCAGCAGCCCUCGGGCUCAAAGCCAGGAUGGGCUGACACGUCUCUUUACACAGGAUUCUGAGGGUAAUCAAGUUAUCAGGCAUCCAUUGUAAAUGUUUUUAUGAGGGUUUGCUUCUUUAAGUAUCUUGCAAUGACAGAGAUGUUAAGACAUCUGUAGCUGGGAGUGGGAAGGAGGCACGUGAUGCAACUGUUGGCAUUAUCAGGCAUUUUAUUUGUAUAAAUAAAGCAGGCAGUACCACUCACUGACAGCGUGUUGGCAUCAUGCCUUUCCUUUGGAAGGUGAUGGAAUUCCUUGAACAUGUGUGAGGAGGCAGGGUGGCACUGAGCCCUCCACUGCAGAACCUCCUCUUGGCUCUUUCAGAUGCCUGGCUGGGACGUUUUUGUCUUUGGCUAUCAUCUUAGUCUAAGCUUGGAACCAUUAUUCCUGACACACCUUUGAGAGAGAAAAGGUAAAUUUCCAUAAUCCAGGCAUGCAGAGUUAGCAGGACUGGCAACAGUUUUCAUUAUUUUGUUACUUUUGGUGGUAACUGUAUAAUAUUUUAAGUUUUGCUUCAGUCUCUCUCCCUUAAAAAAGUCUUGAACCAUGUAAUAAUCUAAAUGACUUUAUGAGGGCAUUUCAGAAAACUAGUGUAAAAAUGGAAAUUAAAAGAUUUUUGGUCUUUUCAUACUACAAAAUUCCAUGAACUUUUUGAAAAAUCCUCGUAGUACUCUUUUAUAAGGUAUAAAACUGAAUCCAAGUAAAUGUUUAGUUGUGAUAAUUAACAUUGGUAAUGUUUUAUGUUUGGAGAAGCAACUGAGUAGUAGUGUAUAUUUUGUCAUUUUCCUGGGUUCAGGAUGAACUUGAGUCUUGGAUUUAGCCUGUGCCCCACCAAGACAUAAAUCCACCAGGUGGCAGUUCCUUGUUGCAUGCGUGGUGCCCGAAAGGCUUAGGCACAUUUCAGAGUAAACCUGCAAGUUGUAAGAUUAAGUUGUUUUACGAGUUUAGGGCAAAAUCUACAAAGAGGAAAGAAACUAUGAAAGUUUUGUUUUAUAAGGACAGGACAUGAUAAAAAAGAAGCCAGAAAUGUUCAUACCCCUUAAAAUUACAGGCAUUUAGACUCCUAAAGGGUCCGGGGUGAUCUUAGCUCAGUC